AUGAGCAACUCCAGUGUUGCUGGGACCCACAAUGAUUCCCGGGACGGCACGUGCAAUUCAAUAUUUACCCCCUGUUUCAUACAACUCUACUGCGCAGUGCUCGCGGGAGGACUCCUGGGAGUCAUCUCCAUUUUGUUCCUGUUGGUGAAAAUGAACACCAGAUCGGUGACAACCACAGCUGUGGUCAACCUGGUGGUGGUCCACAGUGUCUUCCUCCUGACGGUGCCUUUUCGCUUGAUCUACCUUAUCCGGCGGCUUUGGACCUUCGGCUUGCCGUUCUGUAAAUUCGUGAGUUCCAUGCUGCACAUCCACAUGUACCUCACGUUCCUGUUCUACGUGGUGAUUCUGAUCAUCAGGUACCUCAUCUUCUUUAAGCGCAAAGACAAAGUAGAAUUCUACAGAAAACUGCAUGCUGUGGCCGCUAGCACCGCCAUGUGGCUGCUAGUGGUUGUCAUUGUCGUGCCUCUGGUUGCUUCUCAAUAUGGGGGUGUGAAUAGCUAUGAUGAAAACCAUUGUUUUACAUUCAACAAAGAACUUUCUGAAAACUAUGUGCAAAUCAUCAACUACGCCAUAAUCUUUGUGGUCAUAGCCACUGCCAUCACCCUCUUGGGCAUCCAGGUCUUCAUCAUCAUGUCGAUGGUGCGGAAGACAAGCCACUCCUUGCUAUCCCACCAAGAGUUCUGGGCCCAAUUGAAAAACCUCCUUUUUAUCGGCGUCAUCUUUAUUUGCUUCCUUCCCUAUCAGUUUUACAGGAUCUAUUACUUACAAGUUGUGACAAAAUUCAGUGGCUGUGGCAGUAAUGCUACAUUUUAUAAUGAACUCUUCUUAAAUAUUACAGCCAUUAGCUGUUGUGAUUUGUUGCUCUUCGUUUUGGGCGGAAGUCACUGGUUUAAGCAAAAGAUUAUUAGCCUAUGGAAUUGUCUUUUGUGCCAUUAGCCAAAAACCCGUGGUGUGCAUAGUUACUUCCUUUAUAUGAGAGGCGGAAAUGA